AAUGAUUUUUUUUUAAAGCGUGUGUAUAUAUAUGAAGAAUAUAUGAGAAUAAAAUGGGUUAAUUGCCCAUAGUGACAAUAUUGUAAGAUGUAAUGUUGCAGUACCAGACGAACCACUGAAGUUGCUCUGAAACAUUAAAGUUUCAAGAAAGAGAGCAUCAAGUUGAACCCAAUCCACACAAAUUAGAAUGGUGCCCUUCGUUGUAAUCAUAAGAUUGCGUGCCAAUCCUCUAAGAAUGACGAUGUGUUUCUCUAUUAAAGUUGCGAGAAACUAGGUCAUAUAACACGAAAGUGUAAGAACAAGUUUAACCUAGCGUAACUUGAGUAAAGAAGAGGAUUUGGUAGUAAUGAUCACUGAGGUGAUGACAGAGGUAGGCCAUAAUGGUAACUCUGAAGAAUGAUGGUUGGAUAUUGGCGCCUCAAGGCAUGUGUGUGAUAAAGGAGCUAAGCACAAUCAUACAUUGAGGUGCAUCAAAGGAGAAAAGUGUUGUUGGGUAGUGCCCUCACCACUAUUGUCUAUGGUUCUGGGAAAGUGGGAGUGAAUCUUACAUUUAGAAAUUCGUUAGCUAUGCUAGACGAAAGAAAUGAUUAAGUGAAUUCUUCUGUGUGGCAUGUGUGCCCUUGUGAAGAAUUAGAAUAUCAGAGAUCACACUUCCAUAUUCUUCUUGAACACUUGAGAUAAAUACGAAUUUUGUAUCCAAGCUAAAUGACCCAUAAACAUGAGGUUAGAGAAUGAGAAUCGAAAGAUCUUAUUUAUUUUUAUGGGUAAACGUAUUGAAAGGCAAUAAACGAUUUAUUGCUCUAUUGAUUGCUCUAAUUGUUAAUCUAGUUAUCUAUCGUAAUACUCUUUGCAUGUUUAUGCUUGUGGACUUGUAGUACUCCGGAGUGAGUGAAAUAUGAUUACAAGUAGAGUAUACGAAUGUGUUUUAAUUGGUUAAGCUAUAGUAAAAAAAAAAUAAGCCUAUGAAAAUGAAAUACUCAUUAGUUUGUGAAAUCCAUUGAUGCCAAUAGAUUUUCAUUUAUAUUAAGAAAUAGUGGGGGUGAUAUCCUGCCUACUAUUAGAAAUAAUGGAACUAGUGGGGGUGGUGAAUCUGAGUAUGAACUCAGAAGAAGCAAAUGAACCAUGAAUCGCUAAAGGUUAUUUGUUAUGAGUUUGUUAUUUACACCUUAAGAAAGAUCCUACAAAUAUGCUAGAAGUUCAAACUUCCAUAAAGGUGCAGAUUUGUGGGAAGAAGCCAUUAUUAAUGAAAUGGAAUCAUGAGAGUCUUAUAAGACUUAGAAACUUGUUGAGUUACCUUUUGGUUGUAAAGCCUUAGGUAAUAUAUCGAUAGAAUCAAACAAGAUUUGGCAUCUUUGAGAAUUACCUCCUGGCAAUGAAGCCAAGGUAAUAAAUGGAUUCUUAGAAGAAAGUUGAGACCUGAUGGUUUAAUUUAUGAGUAUAAUGAUCGCCUAGUAGCUAAGUCUUUAGGCGAAGAAGAAAAAAUGGUAUAUUUCUCUUAGACAUAUUCACUAAUAUGCAUAAUAACAUUCAUGUGCAUUCUGAUUGCUUUUGUUAUGCAUCAGAUGGAUGUUAAUGGUGAUUUAGAUAGAGAAACCUACAUUGGACAACCUAUAGGGUUGUUAUUCCUGGACAUGCUUAUGGAGUCCAUAGUUAGACAAAUCAUUGUAAGAUUUGAAGUAGACUCUAAAACGAUGGCAUGAGUUAUCUGGUUCUCUCUCAUGGUUUUAAUCGAAAGUGACAAGUGCAUUUAGUACAAGUAUAAGAAUGACACUUGCACUAUGAAUAACAUAGAUCUUUUGUGCAAAGACUCAUGAGGUCAAUAAUAUGCAAAACCAUGUUAGAGAAUUUUGUUGUGAAAGAUCUAGAUUAAGCAAGUGUUAUGCUUAGAAGAUCCAAAUGACUAGGACAUUGAAAGAGGUUUAUUUAUAGAUCAAUUUCACUAUUUAGUAAAAGAUCUAGAAGAAAUAAAAGUUGUACUCUUGCAUAAAUGUGUGAAUAUGCUAGUAUUAUUUUUGAAAGAGCACCAAAGACGGUGUUAGAAAGUAAGAGCUACUAGCAUCGACAGUCUGUGAGAGGCAACUGAUAAACUUGAGACCCGACAUAGUGGGGGUAUUUGGCAGGUUACUGAUUGUCCUAGUAUGAAGCAUUGAAAUGCUAUUGAAAGGGGUCAUGAGAUGCCUUAACAGAACAGUAGACCUUGAUACAAGUUAUCAACGGUUCUUUCUGUAUUGGUAAGGUAUAUUGAUGCGUACGAGAAUACCCUAUAGAGAACUCCAAGGAUCCAGUGGGUAUGUUUUGAACAUCGCUGGAAGAGUUGUGUCUUGGAAGUCUAAGAAGUAAAACGAUACUGACUCAAUCAACUAAGGAAUCAUAAAUGAUGAAACUAGCAAUGGCUAGUAAAGAGGAAAGUUGAUCGAGAGGGUCAUUACUAGAGAUUCCCUUAUGGGAAAUACCGAUCCCUCUGGCAGUAGAGUCAUUGUGAUAGCACCGCAGCUAUUGCAAAAGAAGGAAACCAGUUCUAGAACGAAAAGAGACGACAAAUUCGUCGUAAGCACAAUACUGUAAGAGAACUCCUAAUGAUAGGAGCAGUGAGGGUGGAUCAUAUAAUAUCCAAACAGAAUCUAUCUGAUCCUUUGACGAAAGGAUUACCUAGAGAGAAAGUCCAGAAUACCGCCAAGGGUACGAGACUUAUGGCUACCGAACCACGGACUACAAGUGAUGGUAACCAGACCCAAUAGACUGGGGAUCCCAAGAAAUGGGUUCAAUAGGUAAUAACAAGUCAUGAGUAGAAUGCGAAAAGUUCAUGCAUAGUGAAGCAUGAAUCCCAAAGCAAUGGAGGUUGAGUUAACAACUCUUAAUGAGAUUUAUACCCUAUGUGGGGUGGAGUACUUUACUUUGGGGGUACGUACUUCUGAUAGACUCACCUAUGUGAAUGUGGGAGUGGGGCCUCUCCCUAUUGAAUUUUGGAGGCACAAAGUUGCUAGAGCGUUCACUAAACCGGGUAACGUGCAUGGCCAUAAACGCACGACCUAUGAGAGAAUAUCACUCAAUGAAAAGAUCUGGUGUGCUACAUUGUCUGAGAUAGGGUUCAAGACUACAAGUGACCCUUAUGAAAUAAGAAGUGUAACCACUACGCUAAGGUUCAAAUCUUCGUGAUACCUUAGUUUAUGCCCGAUCUUAUGGAUCUAUUGAUGCUCAGAGAUAGUUUCAAAACUAUUCAAGUGUUGGAUUGUUGGGAAUGAAUAGCUUUGAAAGCUAUAUUGAAUUAAUUAUCCAAUAUUCUUUGUAGAUACGAAUAUAAGAUGGAUAAUUAAUAAAAGGAAUAUUAUGGAGAUAAUUAGGAUAAUUAUCUUAAUAUAAUGCAUUUUAAUUCUGGAAGUAAUUAUCUUCCUAAUUAAAAUAUGGCUUAUUCCCAAAGAAAGAGGAAAUAUUCCAGGUUUUCUACUCUUAUAAAUAGCAGACCCUAGACCCUCUAAAGACACCUCAGAGAGCAGAAACACGAGAGAGAGUGAGAUUCAGAGAGAUCCAGUUUUUGCACAAACCCGCCGAGCAAAUUUAAUGAGUGGCUAUUUUAUCAUGGAUGCGACCGGCUGAUAGUCUGUUGUGCGCAAUACGAGGCAGUGCCAUGAAUGUCUUAAAGAGAGUGACCUAGUCCGCGACUCAGCCAGAUCGAUAAUCCUAGAUUUUUAUGUUCGAUUUUUAACAGUUUUAUCAUAGUUCCUCACCUUUCAAUUCCUCAUAGUGUAUCUGCAAUGUAGCAUCUACAAUAAAUAGAUUAGUUUAUGCACGAUUUCUCUUUUACCAUACCUUAACUAAUUAAAACAUAAUAGUGUUGAUGGUUUAAUCACUCAAUAGAUAAAUAUAAUUGAAGAGACACAUGAGCUAUUUGAGUCUUCCCUUUGAAUUUAUAACUAUAUAUGUCUAUAUCUGAUUAUCAAGGUUGUCAACCCGUGGGCUAGCCCGGACCCGAUCGAGCUAGUGGGUCAAGAGUUAAUUGGUCACUCGUUUUAGUCCGGUUUAGCCCGGAAAUAUGGAAAGAGUCAUUAUAUUGUACUUUCCUGAUAAAUCAUAUCAAAUCUCAUCUAACAUAUGAGUUAUAACAUAUAAUAUUACACCAAAAUAACAUAUCGUACUUAGAUCCAACAUAUAGUGAAAAUUCACACACUUAUAUAACAUCAAUAUUCAAAUGUUCAACUUAGGAUUCCAAAGAUUGAGUUAGGCGAAAAGAAAAAUCGGAAAAUAGACGCAUUUCGCAAACCAAAGAAAAAAAUGACACAAUUUGACCUCCAACCCGAUACCUUGUAGCGGUCGACCCAGCAGGUGCUUGCGGCCCAUUUUUCUUAGAGGUGUCAAUUGGGCGGGUUUGGUUGAGUCGGGUUCGGAUUGGGUCUAACCGGGUUGGGUUCACUCGGGUUGCGAGUUCAAUCGGGUCGGUUUCAAUUUGGAUCGAGUUUAAUUGGGUUGCAGGUCAAUUGGGUUACGAGUCAAUCAGGUCACUGGUCAAUUGGGUUACGGAUCGGGUCGGGUUACGGGUGCAUCAAAUUACGGGUUUAUUGGAUUGCGGGUUAAUUCGGGUUCGGUCAGGUCGAAUUAUGGGUUAUUCGGGUCAACCCAUUGGAUCAUUUACUUCUUGACAGAAAAUAAUGUUUUACAAACUAUCAAUAUAUGAAUAUAAAUUGUAGGUAAUGAUAAAAAAUUUAAGAAAAUGAUAAUAUGAUAAUAUUUUACACAUACAAAUUAAAUACCCAUUAUGUUAGUAUAAAACUAAAUAUAAAUAAAAUAGUGUAUAUAAAAGCUUUGUUGUUGGUUAUAUAUAUAUAUAUUUUUAUUUAUGGUGAAAGAUUGUAACUUAACUUAUUUUAUUAAUUUAUAAAAAAUUGAAUCAGUAAAAAUUUGAGAAUGAAGUAAAAAAGGUAGACUAUAUGCUUAUACACCUCGAAAUGAAUCGUCUUAAUUAAA